AUGGGAUUGAAUCCGCGUCGCCGCACGACUGAUCUGCGCCAAAAAUGCGAGGGGCCAAUACCAACAGAGCCAAUUCUCAUCGAUGGUGUACAAGCGUCGAUCCCACAGAACGCAUUUUUUGACGUUAUUGUAAUUGGAGCAGGUCCUGCGGCACUUUCUUUAGUUACGCGCAUUCUUGAAUCGCGUCCUGCUGCCAUCUACCUGGAAGAAGAGCGUGAGUUUUUGCACUGGCUGCAGCGCCGCAAGAAUAAUACUGUAGCUGCCCCUGGGUACAAGACUGCUUGCACAGGCCGUGGGGCAGAGAAGGCCCUCACACACAUGGACCAUAGUAAGCGUCCUGUGCGUGAAGCACCAUUUACGAUUCUCAUUCUUGACAAGCUCGGUGAUGGGUGGAUGGGCCAAUGGAAUCAGAACUUUACAAACCUAGAAAUUCCCUAUUUGCGUUCUCCAAUGUUUUUCCAUCCUGAUCCUUCCGACUUGGAUGGAUUGCUAGAGUAUGCUGUGAAAGAAAAUCGUGCUUCCAUUGCGCCUUACACGCACUUGUACGAGCCGGAUGCCAAUGGUCGCACAAGGAAAAAGACCAGGGAUGUUUCUGUAAAUACACAUGUCACAUCCAGAGAGCCAGAGCUUUUGGAGAUUCCUGGAGUUGUUGGAAAGGAGGCUAGCAAGCACAAGAAAAAGCAGUCGCGCUUGCGCAAGUUUUCGCAGCUCCAAACCAGUCUUGGACCAGCCGUAAAUGAGCGCGACCGUCGUGACUUUCACAGCCCUGGAACAAGACUGUUUUGGGACUUUAUUCAACAAACGGUCAAAGAAUAUGGUUUGGAGCCAAGCCGUGCAGAGGACGGAUCUGUGGUGACACUCAAAACCCGUUUAGAGGAGCAAGAAAGGGAAGCAAAUACCACUUCCCGCAAGGUGGAACUCUUGCAAGCCGAAGUCUCUGAAGUUGACUACGGUAGCCUUUCGGUAAUCACGGCCGAUGGCGAGGAAGAAAAAUAUGGAUUCCUUGCUCGUACUUGCGAUGGUUGCCAAGUGGGUGCGAAAGCCGCUGUACCAAAAUGGCUUCUUCAUCCCCCCACAGCUUCAGCAAAAAUGUGCGACGAAAACUGCACAGACUCGCACUUGGAUUCUGACGAGGAAGCCGAAUUUGGUGCUUGUAGCGACUCGGACCUUGCAAGCUCGAGUGAUGAUUCGGAAGCUCCGGAGCCAUAUAUGGAAGACAUGAUGUGCGAUUUAUCGCUCGCGGAUGGCGACGACCGUACAUCAAUGAAAGAGUCUCAGAUGGAAAACAAGGACGCAACUGUUGGGACAGAAGACCCAUACGUCCGCAUACCUACUCAUGGUACCGGCUGGGCACAUUCAAGCGCUAUUUGUACGCGUGGUUUUGAAUUCCCUUCGGCCGCAAUCAAGAGAAGCAUGCAGCACGGAAAGCAAAUCACGGUUGUAGUGGUGGGCGGGGGCCUGACUUCUGCACAAAUAUGCGCAUUGGCUGUGCGUCGUGGCAUCUCUAAGGUUAUUCUCCUUAUGCGUGGUUUUAUGAAGAUGAAAGCAUUUGAUUUUGGUCUUGAAUGGGUCGGGAAGUACUCAAACUUGUCCAAGAUGCAAUUUUGGCAAACCGAUGAUCCAAAAAUGCGAAUGGAUAUUAUACACAGUGCUCGGAAUGGGGGCAGUAUACCACUUCCCUAUAUUAAACUUCUUCUUCGUCUUGCGCGCGAAGGCAAGGUGGAAAUUCGUACCCACACGGAAGUGAGUCAAGCCAUAUGGAGGGAACAAGACGCCAUGUGGGAUUUGAUCUUGCACCGAAAAGACAAUGUCACUCCCGACACGCGGUUUAUGAACAAUAAGCAGCAGCCCGGAACAUUCGCCGAUGUUCAGGCAGACUACAUUGUAUCUUGUACAGGGACCAAGCUUGGGUUUAACACGCUGCCGUUUAUGCGCAAAAUAGCUGAAAAGGCAAAAGUAUAUGAAGAAAAUGGCCUGCCGGUCCUUGAUGAAGAUCUUCAGUACGGCGAACUACCCUUCUUUUGUGUCGGUCCUUACUCGUCCCUCCAAAUUGGUGCUGCUGGUUUCAACCUUGGAGGAAUGCGAGAGAGUGCAGAGCGCGUCUCUAUAAAACUACACGAAAUCUUGGCAUCUCACUCAGAUGACAACGAAUCAGACACUGCGCAAACCACCGACGCGCCGAACAAGGCGUUGGGCAACUUUCCACACUUUGCAUACCAUUAUUUAGAAGUGGAGUAG